CUUAAAUAUGGACAAAGAAGAGAGAAUUCAGAAGCUAGAAGCGAUGAUUGAUAAUAUGGAUAUAGCGAAGAAGGCAUACCUUGUUGAUUUAUACCAUAAGGCAGGAUAUAAGCAUGAAAAAUAUUGAGAAACAGACAAUAAGAGACCAGGACCAGCUAUGGAACCAACAAAAGAUGAGAAGCAAGAGAUGCAUGAUAGAGAUAAUUUUGCAGCACUCGAGAGGAAGAAGAGAAGGUUUAUGCUUACUUCUAGCAAACUGAAUCUAGAGCUUAUUGAUUGGAAUAAAUUAGUUGCUCUCCAUAAUCUCAAAAAUGAUGUUAACAAGAUUUUCUUUGUAUCUCAACCUAUGGGAGCUUUCGUGAUAAAAAUGUGUAGUGAAGUAGUCCCUACUUAUUUUGGAAGCAGAUUACUUCAAUGACUACAGAUCCCUACACCAGAUGUAAAGCUUCUUCCUUUCUAUAAUGAUGAGUUCAAAACGAUGGUUCACUCAAUGGAAGCUCUGACGUUACAUGAUGAUCAUCUGAGGCAUGUAGUGAGAUUAAGUAUGGAUAGACCAUUCAUACUCUUACAGGAGUAUAUCCCUGCUAUCACAUUGAACAAAAUUGGGGACAAGAGAGCAGAAAGAUGACUCAGUACAAACUAUGCAGAUGCUAGUAGCAGAUUGAUUAACAUCGGUAGAAUUAUUGCUGCUGAUAUUCUCAUGAAUAACAACGAUAGAUUUCCUUUGAUCUGGGACACUGACGGAAAUUACGGGAAUAUUCUUUUUGAAGUAAAGACUGAUGAGAAAGUAGAUGAUGAGCUUCUGUUAGAGCCUACUUAUACUGAAAUCAACUUCAAUGAUUCUGUUGCAAUCGAUACUCAGGUUAGAUGAAUUGAUGAAUCAAAUCGAUAUGGAAAAGUUGGUGCUGAGAAGUACAUAAAAAGAGUAAAUAGCUUCAUCGAUGUGAUUUUCUCUGACCUUAAAGAAAUUAUAUCUGGUAAUUCAUCAGUAAAUAGCUAUGAUUAUGACUCAAUGAAGAACCUGGCUUCAUUUGUGUACACUUACACAGGCUAUGACAUUAGAGGUAGGUCUCUCUUCAGAAUCAUCGAGGGGAUAAUAAUUGGGAUAUUCAACAUCAAAAAUAUGGGAAUGGAAGUCAUUCGGAAGGUCCUUGAGCAUACAGAAAAUGCUAUUGAAAAAGACUGGAAAAAUGUAUGGUCUGAUGGUGUUUCAACAAUCAAGAUUGAAUUUAUUCAGAAAAUCUAUGAUGCCAUGUGUCAAAGACUUGAGAUGUAUCCAAAAGAAUUAAGAUGGGUCCUGAGAACCCAUCUGUUGAACUUUGUAGUUGAUAAAGAGUUUAGAGAUGAAGCCGACCAAGGAUUUAUUAUUAGAAAAUAUCUUGAUGAAGAAGGGGUCAAGAUGCUCUCUGAGCUAGAACAUAGCGGCAUUGACCAAGCACCUGAUUCGAGCGAGGAUGGAUUCCAGCAAUAUAAAGAUCCUCUCCUUGAUGGAGGUGACGCAGGAGAUGCUGGAGAAUACAAAGGAUUCAUACCAAAGCAAGUUCGAGAUGAAAUAGCUCCAUCAAUUCCAAAAGAAGAAACAAAGGAAAUGGGUGAGCCAAAGAACAUCAGGGAUCAAUGGGGAAAGAAUUAAAUUAUAAAGAUCAGCAUUGCUUUAUUUCAUAAACUGACUAAUCAACAGAU